AUGUCGCUUCUCGAAGAUGAAAAUACGAACAAAUCGAGCGAGUUAGCUGACCAUGGAGAAGCUACCGUGUUAGACAAAACAACGAAAGCUUCAGAGCAAUCAAGUGGGUCUGCCUGUCGGAAAGAAUUACUUGUUGAAGAUACGUAUGAAUCAAGCAAGCCUGCCGACCAUGGGAAAGCCGAUGAGUUGAGCAAUACACGGAAAGCUCCAGUCAUGCAUAAUACAGAAACCGACGGGUCAAGGUUACGACUUAAUUAAAGACUUAAUGCUGCUAAUUCACGAUAAACUUCCCCAACAAGUCGUAGCAAAUGUUAAUGCUGAUCAACCUGCUGGUGUAGACCAUAAUUUAUCGAUAGAAAUGGCUGAGGUAAAACUCGAACUGGCUAUGUUAUGGGCAACGGUCAACUCAAAUCAGGACAAAUGUAUUCAAAGUCAAGACAAAGCUCCCUCCACCCAAUUUCAUAGUCCAUGCUAUAAGAAUGCAGGCACUCAGACUGUAGAAAGAGAAUUUUCUGUUAAACCACCUUGCCAUAUGACCCCAAAAUCAUCCAUCAACUUUAAAAAUCAGCUUAAUAGCUACAGGGCGACACAUAAAGCAAAUUUUGAAAGCCAAAAUACCAGGUGAGAUCAAGGCAAAACUUCGAAGUCGAAGAAUUCUAAACAACCAAAUGAAAACAAUAAAGUCAGUGAACUGAGACAAAAGAUUAAGAAAGUCGAGCUGGAAAGAGAGUCCCUAAAGACAAUUAUUCAAAUUCAGAAAGAAGAAUUUAGACAAGCACUAAAUUCAAAAGACGACAACAAAAUUCAACGCCCAUGGCAAGUUAUUAAACCUAAACCAAUUAUCAACCCUAAAAAUAAACAGAUUGAAAGAGAAGAUGAAAAGCAAUCUUGAAAACCAGGUCCUGUAUCAACUUCAAAUAAAUACGAAAGCCUAGAAGACAAAAUAAUCGAUGUGGACGAGGUUGCUAACGAAAUCGGUGAAGCGUCAAACGUCAUUAUAUCUGAACACAAUAAGGAAACAGAAAGCUUGAAUAAAUCAAAUAUAAAACGACACGACCCUGUGAAAAAUUCUACUGUUGUAAUUGGCGAUUCUUUACUAAAAGGUCUUCGACAACACUCGAUUACGAAAGCUACUAACACCAAAGUACAAGUGAAAUGCUUUCCAGGUGCCAAACUCUGCGACAUGAAGCACUACAGCAUCCCACCCUUGGCCAUUGAUCCUAAACACAUAAUUCUACACUGCGGCAUGAAUCACUUACAAAACAAGAGUCCACAAGAAAUAACUAAAGAAACAGGAGAACUAUGUGAUUUUAUUUUCGCAAAUUGUCCCAAUGCUGAUAUCACUGUGUCGUCGAUACUCACGAGAAAAGAUAGUCAAGGUAACAAAAUCGCUGAGGUAAAUGAUCAACUUCGAUUGUUAUGCUUAGAGAAGAAUUUGAAAUUUUUAUUACAUGCAAACAUAGAUAAUAAAUAUUUAAACCGUUCAGGGCUUCAUUUAAACAAACUUGGUGACUCCCCUGUAAGCAUACCUGAAUAUUACUGUUGCGAUACCAAUAACUUGAUUUUGAAUGAUACCUCCUUAAGCAUAAACAAACUUGAGACUUUAAAAGGCUUUCGAAUAGCACAUUUAAAUAUCACCUCCCCCCCCUCCCUCCCUCCCUAAAUACAUUGAUCAAUUAAGAACAUAUCUCAUUAAUAAACCAGUAGAUAUAUUUACGAUCAAUGAGACAAGAUUAGAUGAAUCUAUCAGUGAUGAAGAGGUUAAUAUCAAAGGAUAUAACCUAUAUAGAAAAGAUAGAUGUAGAUCGGGAGGUGGUGUGGCUAUUUACACCAGGGAUGUCUUGAAUGCGAGAGAGAUGUCCCAAUUUGUCCCUAAAGAUAUUGAAGCGGUUUGCCUCAAGACAGUUAAACAUAAAACUAAACCAAUCUUAGUUACAUCUAUUUACUGCCCUCCUAAUUCCAAGGCUGACUUUAUUAGACGAACAAGAUAA